AUGGCAAAAGCUAGGCACUUACAGCAAGAAAUUGAUAAAAAAUUAAAAAGCGUAGAAGAAGGAGUCGAAAUCUUUAACUCAACACUCAAGAAAAUCCAAUCUGCAGUUAACCAAACUCAAAAAGAACGAUAUGAAUCAGAACUGAAAAAAGAAAUCAAAAAGCUUCAAAGGGUCCGAGAAAGUCUGCGAGCAUAUCAGACAAAUCCUGAAAUUAGAGACAAGAAUCCGAUAACAGAAGCUAGAAAAACUAUAGAAGACCUAAUGGCAACCUUCAAAAAUUGCGAACGCGAAAACAAAACUAAAGCAUUUUCCAAAACAGGCUUAUCAGCAGCUCCAAAAGUUGAUCCUAAAGAAGAAGAGCGAGAAGCUGCGAGGGAAUGAAUAAGAUCAGCACUUCAACAACUGCAAGAAGGCGCCACCUCACUAGAAAUUGAAUUAGAUUCGUUUAAAGCCGCGAAAGGAAGAAGGCCUGAUGCAAGCAGGCUCGAAGAGCUCGCAAACCAGCUGCAGACCCACAGGUUUCAUUAUGGCAAGCUGGAGUUUAUUUUAAGGGCGCUUGAAAAUGAUCAGCUACCUAUGCAAAAAUUAUGAGACUUAAAGGACAUUUUUGAGGUUUUUAUUGAGAAUAUUAAUGAUAAGUCUUACUAUGACAGUGAGCUGGAACAAAUUUACGCAGAGCUCGAGAUAGCAGAAACUCCUGUCUCCCCAGCUCCUGUAAUUGCUGAAGAAGAGCCUCACGAUGCCCAGAAGAAGCUCCCACAAAAAAAAGUUGAGCCCAAAGUCAUGCCGCCACUUGUAAAGCAAGACUCCAAAACACAAGAAACCCCCAAAAUAUCAGUGUGAAAUUCCAAAGACGCCUUGCAAAAGAUCGCUGGCGACCAAAUCGACAAACUCCAAGAAUCCAAAGAAGAAGAGCCUGAAGAAGUAAUCGAAACAGUAUUUCAAAAUUAGGAAACCUGGGAUUACAAAGAUACUGAAAGCGCCAAAAAAGCAAUAGAGCGAGCGUUUAAUUUCCAAAUAAGGCCAGAGGACCGAGUGCGAUCGAAGCUUGAAAUUGUAAAAUCAUCAUACCAAGGCCAUCCCAGUUACCCUAAAAGGCCGUUUUUCACAAAUCCUGCACAGUAUAAAAAGCUAGAAGUGGACACGCUUUUCUUCAUUUUUUAUCAUCAGCCUGGGACUUACCAGCAGUUUUUGGCGUCAAAAGAACUGAAAGGGAAAGAGUGGAUUUACCAUAAGCGAUUCCAGACUUGGUUCCAGAGGUGUGGAGAGCCCAAGCAAGUUUCGGAUGACCGAGAGAAAGGGACGUAUACCUACUUCGAUUUCGAAAACAGCUGGUCUCAGAAGAAGAAGGCUGACUUCGAAUUCGAGUAUGCCAAUUUAGAAAAUGAACUCCACUCUUAA